AUGACGGUUAUAUUAGCGCUGUACCUGGUGCUGAACUGCGUCUCACCUCUAUCUCCGGCACUGUCCCUGGUGCUGAACUGCGUCUCUCCUUUAUCUCCGGCGCUGUCCCUGGUGCUGAACUGCAUCUCUCCUCUAUCUCUGGUGCUGUCCCUGGUGCUGAACUGCAUCUCUCCUUUAUCUCCGGUGCUGUCCCUGGUGCUGAACUGCAUCUCUCCUCUAUCUCUGGCGCUGUCCCUGGUGCUGAACUGCAUCUCUCCUUUAUCUCCGGCGCUGUCCCUGGUGCUGAACUGCAUCUCUCCUCUGUCUCCAGUGCUGUCCCUGGUGCUGAACUGCAUCUCUCCUCUGUCUCCAGUGCUGUCCCUGGUGCUGAACUGCAUCUCUCCUCUGUCUCCGGUGCUGUCCCUGGUGCUGAAGUGUCUCCCGUGCACGGCGCUGUCCCCGGUGCUGAAGUGUCCCCCGUGUACGGCGCUGUCCCUGGUUCUGAAGGGUCUCCCGUGCACGGCGUUGUCCCUGGUUCUGAAGGGUCUCCCGUGCACGGCGCUGUCCCCGGUGCUGAAGUGUCCCCCGUGUACGGCGCUGUCCCUGCCCUGGGAUCAGAUAGACUCUGUGCGUACCGGUAGCUGCGUGCUAGAAUCUGUGCGUACCGGCAGCUGCGUGCUAGAAUCUGUGCGUACCGGUAGCUGCGUGCUAGAAUCUGUGCGUACCGGCAGCUGCGUGCUAGAACCUGUGCGCACCGGCAGCUGCGUGCUAGACUCUGUGUGUACCGGCAGCUGCGUGGUAGAAUAUGUGCGUACCGGCAGCUGCGUGCUAGACUCUGUGCGUACCGGCAGCUGCGUGCAGCAAAGAAUGUGGCCCCAGGUGAGUAACACAGCCUGUGAUCUUGGAUAUUACAAGUCCUCCCCAGGGGAUCAGCUGUGCUCCAAGUGCCCCCCGUUCAGUCACUCGGACACCCUGGCCGCUCAGAUCUGUGACUGUGACACCAACUACUAUCGCUCCACAAGUGACCCCUCUUCUGCCGCCUGCACCCGUCCGCCGUCUGCUCCUGUCAGUCUCAUCUCCAGCGUUAAUGGCACCACUGUAACCUUGGAGUGGAACCCACCGCGUGACCCAGGUGGGCGCAGAGACGUCACAUACAAUGUCAUUUGCCGGCGCUGUGCUUGGGACGCGGGCCAGUGUGAGCCCUGUGGGGGAGGGGUUCGUUAUACCCCCCAACAGAUGAGCCUAGCAAAGACCUCCCUGACGGUGGCAAAUCUCCAGGCCCACAUGAACUACACCUUCUGGGUGGAGGCCGUCAACGGGGUGUCCGACUUCAGCUUGGAGCAGCGGAUGUUCUCCACAGUGAAUAUAACCACGAACCAGGCAGCCCCCUCACAGGUGGUGGUCAUUCGCAAGGAGAAGACCGCCGAGAACAGCAUCACCCUCAUAUGGCAGGAACCCGACCAGCCCAACGGCAUUAUCCUGGAGUAUGAGAUCAAAUACUUCGAGAAGGACAAGGAGAUGCAGAGUUAUUCUACUCUGAAGGCUAAGGAGACCCGAGCGGUAGUGACUGGCCUGAAACCCUCCACCCGCUAUAUCUUCCAGGUCAGGGCCCGCACCUCGGCUGGCUGUGGGAGGUUUAGCCAAACUGUAGAGGUGGAAACCAAUAAGGCAGUGGCUCUCAGAUAUGACACUAUGACGAUCGUGUGGAUCUGCCUGACGCUAAUUAUAGGCCUCAUUGUACUUCUGACUGUGCUGAUCUGCAGGAAGAGGCACUGUGGAUACAGCAAGGCUUUCCAGGACUCCGACGAGGAGAAAAUGCAUUAUCAGAAUGGGCAAAUCACCUUUCCGGAGUCCAAGCUCUAUGUUGACCCCCACACGUAUGAAGACCCCUGCCAGGCUGUGCACGAGUUUGCUCGGGAGAUAGAGGCUUCCAGAAUUAAGAUUGAAAAGAUUAUUGGCUCAGGGGAGUUUGGAGAGGUGUGCUACGGCCGGCUGAAACUGGCAGGGAAGCGUGAAAUACCGGUAGCUAUCAAGACUUUAAAAGUUGGUUACAGCGAGAAGCAGAGAAGAGACUUUCUGAGUGAAGCGAGCAUUAUGGCCCAAUUCGACCAUCCAAACGUCAUUCACCUGGAGGGCGUGGUGACCCGGAGUAGAUUAACUAUGAUUGUAACGGAGUACAUGGAGAAUGGUUCUCUGGACACAUUUCUCAGGAGCCGUGACGGACAGUUCACUAUAAUCCAGUUGGUCGGCUUGCUGAGAGGCGUGGCUUCCGGAAUGAAAUACCUCUCUGACCUGGGCUUUGUUCACCGAGAUCUAGCGGCUCGUAACAUUCUGGUGAACAGCAACCUGAUGUGUAAAGUGUCUGACUUUGGUCUGUCGCGGAUAUUGGAGGAUGAUCCUAAUGCUGCUUACACGACCACAGGCGGUAAGAUCCCCAUCCGCUGGACAGCGCCAGAAGCCAUCACCUACCGGAAGUUCUCCUCCGCCAGCGAUGUGUGGAGUUACGGCAUCGUUAUGUGGGAGGUCCUGGCGUAUGGCGAGAGACCAUACUGGAACAUGACCAAUCGAGACGUGAUAAAUUCGGUAGAGGAAGGGUAUCGUCUCCCUGCCCCCAUGGGGUGCCCCACGGCCCUACACCAGCUCAUGCUGGACUGCUGGCAGAGAGACCGCAAUGAGAGACCUCGCUUCUCCCUAAUUGUCAGCAUUCUGGAUAAACUCAUCCGUAACCCGGAGCACCUCAAGCUGAGCGCCACCGUCAACAGAUUCACCCACCCACGACUGGAUAGAGGACUGUUCGACUUUGCAAGCUGUGCCACGGUGGGUGACUGGCUGGAUUCCAUCAAAAUGGGCCAGUAUAAGGAUAAGUUUGUGAUGGGCGGAUACUGUACCCUGGGAAUGGUGAUGCGGAUGAAUAUAGAUGACAUCCGGAGACUCGGAAUAUCAUUAAUAGGACACCAGAAGAAGAUCUUAACCAGCAUCCAGAUCAUGAGGGCUCAACUAAUCAAUACAUUGGGACCCAGAAUGCACUUGUGAUGAAGCCAUGCGACAGACGUGAGCGGGGAAACCCUACAUUCCCCGGUACCUGAAGGUGGAGAGGGCUCCCUGCUCAUGUAGUGCCAGGAAGAUCAGACACGGAACAUCUAAUGGGACAACUCAUUCCAGCCAUCUUGUCUCCGGGUUCCCCGUGUGCUGUGUUUACAUAGAAUUCUCUUAGUGCUGCUUUCUCAAUAUAGCAAUAGUACAGUGUAACAAAUCCAGAAUAUACAGGGUGCUUUCUGAAAACAGGGUGUACGUGGGCCUCGGACGAGCCCCCAAUAUCUCAGCUCAAUGCAAAGGACAAUAAGACUAGAACCUCAACAUCACGUCAUUGCUCCAGCCACACCUUACGUCAUAUGAACGCCCAUGAUGUCAUCGUGUGUCAUUUAUUACCCGGUUACCGCCCUGAUGAAGGGGUCAGAGGAGGUCUCUCAGUUCUGUAGACGCACAAGAGUGGCCGGUACAUAGUAUUUAUACUAUGAGGUCACACUACUGACUCGCUAGACGGAUCUCUGAUUAUUACGUUGUUUUAUUGCACUUUAUACGCCAGACUAUGGUAUUAUCUGAUGGAGAAUAGCGCAAUAUGGCCUCUGCACUGCAGGCUAACGUGCAAUAUCAGUAUAUAGAUGUGAUAAAAGUAAUAUUUAUCUCUGUCCAGAAUACUACAAUAUAAUGGACAGGACCUCGUUUUACAUAUUUUAUACACAGAUGACUAUUUUCCUACAAUUGGAGGAGGGGGCUGCGGAGCUCAUACAGGCGUCGGCUGGAGUCGUCACCCCAUCGGCUCCAUGAGGAGCUGGAACACACGCCCAUUACCUCAUUCACGUCAGGGUAACAAUGGUGCCCGACUUACAAAGACUUCCAUAAAUGAUGGCGGUGUCACGUCAGGCACUUAUAGAACUGAAUGUGUGUCCGGUUCCCAGAGAUCCCGCUCAGAAAACCGAGGACAGUAAGGUGCCGGGGGUGGUAUGCAGUAUACUGGUUGUUGGGAUCCCGGCGCACAGUACCACACCUGGUGCCGCUCUGCUGCCGGAUGUAGGAAACAAUUAUAACACGCAGUUUUAUAAGUCAAUGUUGUUUGGUGAAAUUAAUAAUGAAAAUGUGUUUCCUGAUGCGAUCAAAUACAGAUAGCGAAACGCGUGUAAGAGCCCAGUCACCUCACAAGCCCCGCCCCUAGCCGGACACCCCCACAUACAGAUAAUCUGUAAGUGACCCCACUGAUUAUAUCUUUGGCAUUUUAGGAAAUGUGGGGGCCAAGUGCAGAUUUCUGGGUUCCCCCCGACAGUACGUAUACACGCAGCCCAGUACCAGAUGUAUCCACAUUUAUCUUGACUGUUAAUAGGAUUAACUGUGGCUGGCCAGUCAGACUUAAUCCCCUGCUGUAUUGUUCUCUGUAUUGUAUCGCAGCUGACAACAAUAGCUGAAGGGUUUAUGCUAAUAAAUCAUGUUGUGACUAGGCACAGAAAACUACUCAAGAUAAUGGUGGUCACAUCUGUACAUCUGGCAAUAUGAUAAGAGAUAUGGUGCCGGAUAGGUCCAUGGUUGUAUGGCGCGGGUCUCCCAUACCUCAGGCGCCCGCGUGUACCCAGUGUACAUUCGCCACUGUGUGGCCCACUCACAUUGCUCCUGCCCAGCUUGGGUGUAAUGGGCGGGUGUACGGGAGGUGGCACGUCUGUCAGGUGUAUGGUACGUGUAGUCUUCUGGGUGCUGUCAGUGGUCUUCUGUAUGUUUAUAUACACACAUAGGAAAAAGACCACUGGCUGGACGGGGGGUGACACUGACCAUCAGAUAUCAAUGGCGUCAUCAUCCACCUCUCGUCCAUUCCCCAGCAGAACUCUUCCAGGGACGAUCGGACGAGAGUCGUGGGCCACAUUGUCUCCAGUCCCAGGCAGUAAGUGAUGCAGAGUGCGACCCAUGCCAGCAUCCGUAAUGCAGCUUAUGCGGCAUUGCUCUGUGCACGGCACAAAUACCAACGCAGGCUUUAGUGGAUGCGGCAUCUACCCCGGCAUGUGCGUUACAAAGAGGAGCGCGGAGAGAACAUACACCGGGAUCACACAGACUCUCGCCGAUAUAUUAGUGUGCAAGUUUAUCUGACAUCUGAUUGGUAUGUGAUCACUACCCGCCAACUCAGAGGCUACACACGUGUGAUGCACAUACAUGUAUGUGAUCAAUACACACCAACUCAGAGGCUAAACACACAUGAUGCACACACUGUACAUGUAUGUGAUCACUACCUGCCAACUCAGAGGCUACACACGUGUGAUGCACAUACAUGUAUGUGAUCAAUACACACCAACUCAGAGGCUAAACACACAUGACGCACACACUGUACAUGUAUGUGAUCACUACCUGCCAACUCAGAGGCUACACACGUGUGAUGCACAUACAUGUAUGUGAUCAAUACACACCAACUCAGAGGCUAAACACACAUGACGCACAUACUGUACAUGUAUGUGAUCACUACCCGCCAACUCAGUGGCUACACACAUGUCACGCACAUAUAUGUGUGUGAUCACUACCCGCUAACUCAGAGGCUACACACAUCACGCACAUACUGUACAUGUAUGUGAUCACUACCCGCCAACUCAGAGGCUACACACAUGUCACGCACAUAUAUGUGUGUGAUCACUACCCGCUAACUCAGAGGCUACACACAUCACGCACAUACUGUACAUGUAUGUGAUCACUACCUGCCAACUCCGAGGCUACACACGUGUGAUGCACAUAUGUGUAUGUGAUCACUACCUGCCAAUUCAGAGGCUACACACACACGUGUCGCACAUACAUGUAUGUGAUCACUACCCGCCAACUCAGAGGCUACACACGUGUGAUGCACAUACAUGUAUGUGAUCAAUAAACACCAACUCAGAGGCUACACACAUAUGACGCACAUACAUGUAUGUGAUCACCACUCGCCAACUCAAAGGCUACACACGUGUGACGCACAUAUAUGUAUGUGAUCACUACCUGCCAACCCAGAGACUACACACACGUGAUGCACAUACAUGUACGUGAUCACUACCCGCCAACUCAGAGGCUACACACGUGUGAUGCACAUAUGUGUAUGUGAUCACUACCUGCCAACUCAGAGGCUACACACACACGUGUCGCACAUACAUGUAUGUGAUCACUACCCGCCAACUCAGAGGCUACACACGUGUGAUGCACAUACAUGUAUGUGAUCAAUAAACACCAACUCAGAGGCUACACACACAUGAUGCACAUACAUGUAUGUGAUCACUACCCGCCAACUCAGAGGCUAAACACACAUGACGCACAUACUGUACAUGUAUGUGAACAAUACCCGCCAUCUCAGAGGUUACACACGUGUGACACACAUAUAUGUAUGUGAUCACUACCCGCCAACUCAGACGCUACACACACAUGACACACAUACAUGUAUGUGCUCACUACCCGCCAACUCAGAGGCUCCACACGUGUGAUGCACAUACAUGUAUGUGAUCAAUACCCACCAUCUCAGAGGCUAGACACACAUGACGCUCAUACUGUACAUGUAUGUGAACAAUACCCGCCAACUCACAGGCUACACACAUGUGAUAUACAUAUGUGUAUGUGAUCACUACCUGCCAACUCAGAGGCUACACACACGUGAUGCACAUACAUGUAUGUGAUCACUAUCACUGACCUGGUUUGAGGAGGUUGUGGACUCGGGGUUUCUUCCGAUGACCGGGAAGUGGAACCGCAACUGGGCCGCAGCAGAGAUGGCCGGAUGUAAGUCUUCCUCAUGCAGGAUCUGAUCGGCGGACAGGAGGCACGUGCGGACGCUGAAGGUCUCCUGAAAGAGAGAACUUGACAGGUGCUGGUAAAUCACGAAGGUGCUGGAAGGCACGGAGGUGCUUGGAGGCACGGAGGUACGAAGGUGCUGGAGGCACGGAGGUGCUUGGAGGCACGGAGGUGCUGGAGGCACGGAGGUGCUGGAGGCACGGAGGUGCUUGGAAGCACGGAGGUGCUGGAGGCACGGAGGUGCUUGGAGGCACGUAGGUGCUUGGGGGCACGGAGGUGCUUGGAGGCACGGAUGUGCUGGAGGCACGGAGGUGCUUGGAGGCACGGAUGUGCUGGAGGCACGGAAGUGCUUGGAGGCACGGAGGUGCUUGGAGGCACGGAAGUGCUUGGAGGCACGGAGGUGCUUGGAGGCAUGGAGGUGCUUGGAGGCACGGAGGUGCUGGAGGCACGGAGGUGCUUGGAGGCACGGAAGUGCUGGAGGCACGGAGGUGCUUGGAGGCACGGAUGUUUUGGAGGCACGGAGGUGCUGGAGGCACGGAGGUGCUUGGAGGCACGGAAGUGCUGGAGGCACGGAGGUGCUUGGAGGCACGGAGGUGCUUGGAGGCACGGAAGUGCUGGAGGCACGGAGGUGCUAGAGACACGGAGCACUGGAGAUCACAGGUACAGUUUGAACAAUGAUACUCAGGCGCCGGAGCACUGCCCGGCGUCUGAAUUUAAACUUCCCGCCAGGGCCUGAUUGGAGGACGGGCCGAUGACGUCACCCGCAGCUCCCGAGGACGUCGGACGUGGAGGCCUGCUAGACGGAGCGCCGGACGCCGGGGACCCGCCAGCGAGGACGGCCGCACGGAGACCCAGCGCGCCCGGAGAGGUAAGUAUGAAGACCGCGGCGCCGUGACAGUACCCCCUCCUCUAGGAGUGGCCCCUGGACACUUUCCCGGCUUCGUAGGAUGUCUAGCAUGGAAGAUCCGGACUAGUCGAGGAGCCGAGACCUCAGAAGCCUUUAUCCAACUUCUCUCCUCAGGACCAUAUCCUUUCCAUUCUACCAGAUAUUGCAGAUUCUUGUGAAGGUAACGCGAGUCUAGAAUAUUUUUGAUCUCGAAGUCUGUUCCUGUUUCAGUCUCCACUGAAGUGGGGCUAGAGGUCUUUGAAUGGAAACGAUUAAGGACGAGAGGACGAAGAAGAGAAACAUGGAAGGCGUUCGGUAUACGUAGGUGUGAAGGUAAACCCAGCUUGCAGACCACAGGAUUCAGGACUUGUAGCACAGGGUAAGGACCGAUGAAUCUUGGAGCAAACUUCAUGGUGGGCACCUUCAACCGGAGAUUACGUGUGGACAGCCAUACCCUGUCGCCAACCUUGUAUUGUGGAGCGGCUCGCCGUUUCUUAUCCGCAAAGAACUUGUACCGGACUGAAACCUUCUUAAGACUAGCAUGAACCUUACUCCAAAUUUGUCUGAAGUGUAGUAGAGUGGACGUUACGGCUGGAACCUCUUCCAUCGGAAGGCUUAGUAAUUCUGGAACACUUGGAUGGAACCCAUAGUUGAUGAAAAAUGGAGAUUCACCAGUGGAAGAAUGAAACGAAUGAUUAUGGGCAAACUCUGCCCAAGGUAACAACUCCACCCAGUUGUCCUGUGAAGGGGAGAGAUAAAGACGGAGGAAAGUCUCUAGAUCUUGAUUGACUCGUUCCGUUUGUCCAUUCGUUUGGGGAUGAUAAGCGGAGGAAAACUUAAGUUUAAUCUGUAGAGUCGAACAGAGGGCUUUCCAAAACCUUGCGGUGAACUGUACCCCACGAUCAGAGACUAUUUCCUGUGGCAACCCAUGCAACCGAAAAUGUUCUUGGAUGAACAGUAGAGCUAGUUUCGGGGCUGUUGGUAGAACAGUCAAAGGAACGAAGUGUGCCAUCUUCGAAAAACGGUCGACGAUUACCCAAACGGUGUUGCAACCCUUGGAAUGGGGCAAGUCAGCGAUGAAGUCCAUGGAAAUAUGAGUCCAGGGUUUCAUAGGAAUGGACAGAGGACGAAGCUACCCGGCAGGAGGUAAACGGGGAGAUUUAUGCUGUGUACACUGGGGACAGGAAUUAACGUAAUCCUGUACAUCCUUCCUCAUGGAGUCCCACCAGUAAGAUCUUUGCAGAAACUUGUACAUCUUCUGGGCACCGGGAUGACCGGAGAAUUUGGAGAUAUGGGCCCACUGAAGUAUCCUCGACCGGAAUUUGACCGGUAUGGACAUUCUUCCAGGAAGAGGACCUGGAGUAGUCGAGGCAGCAGAGACAGAAAUUGGAUUUAAAAUUAAACUCCGUUCAAAGGAAUCCUUAUCAUCUGUGGGAGUUUGUGAACGGGACAGUGCAUCCGCUUUGGUAUUGAAAGUCCCGGCUCGGUAUUUGAUAAUGAAAGAAAAUCGAGUGAAGAAGAGUGCCCAUCUAGCUUGGCGAGGAUUCAAACACUGUGCGGUUUUGAUAUACAACAAAUUUUUGUGAUCAGUGUAAAUGGUAGUCACAUGUUUGGACCCCUCUAAGAGAUAUCUCCACUCUUCCAAGGCAGAUUUAAUCGCCAAGAGUUCCUGGUCUCCAAUAGUGUAAUUCCGUUCAGCUGGAGAGAAUUUACGAGAGUGAAAGCCGCACGGAUGUGAUUUCUUAUCUGAGGCAUACUGAGAGAGAACGGCCCCAACUCCGACCGAGGAUGCGUCGACUUCUAGGAAGAAAGGUUCCUCGAAAUUUGGUUGUUGGAGUACUGGAGCGGACAUAAAAGCUGAUUUCAAGUGGGAAAAGGCCUCUAUGGCUUCGGGAGACCACAACCCCGGGUUGGAACCCUUUCUCGUUAGGGCGGUAAUGGGUGCAACAAUGGUGGAGAAACCUCUAAUGAACUUUCUAUAAUAGUUCGCAAAACCCAGGAACCUUUGUAUUGCUUUCAAGGAGAGUGGCUGUGCCCAGUCCCGAAUGGCAGAGAGUUUCUCCGGAUCCAUGCGAAGCUCCUACUCCGAGAUAAUAUAACCGAGGAACGGUAUUGAUGUUACUUCAAAAGUACACUUGGACAUCUUGGCAUAGAGAUGAUUCUCACGUAGACGGCGGAGUACCUCUUUGACUUGUAAUCUGUGUUCAGCAAGGUCUUUUGAAAAAAUCAGGAUGUCAUCCAAAUACACCACGACACUUAGGUAUAACAUGUCUCGGAAUAUUUCGUUGACGAAUCCCUGGAAGACAGCAGGAGCAUUGCUAAGACCGAACGGCAUCACCAGGUACUCAUAAUGCCCAUCCCGGGUGUUGAAGGCGGUCUUCCAUUCAUCUCCCUCUCUGAUGCGUAUAAGGUUAUAGGCCCCCCUCAAAUCGAGCUUGGAAAAAACAUGGGCACCACGAACUCUAUCAAAUAACUCUGUGAUUAGAGGCAAGAGGUAUUUUUGAUGGUAAUAUCAUUUAAGCCGCGGUAGUCGAUACAUGGUCUUAACCCUCCGUCCUUUUUUUUCACGAAGAAAAAGCCCGCUCCAGCCGGGGAAGUAGAGGGGCGGAUGAAUCCCUUGUGAAGAUUGGUUUUGAUAGUCAGACAUAGCCUGUGUCUCUGGGAGAGACAGAGGAUAAAUGCGACCCAGAGGCGGCAUUUUUCCAGGGAUAAGGUCAAUGGGGCAGUCCCAAGCUCUAUGGGGUGGUAACUGGUCGGCUGCUUGUUCCGAAAACACAUCUCUAAAUUCUUGGUAUGCCUCUGGAAUAGGUUCCUCCUCCGCCUUAGAAGAAACACGAAGCGGACAAACAGGGGUGAGACAGUUAACGUGACAAAAAGAACCCCAAGACCGAAUCUGUGCGGUCUUCCAAUCGAUAUGGGGAUUGUGACUUUUGAGCCAAGGUAUUCCGAGAACCAGAUCGUGAUGCAUUUCCGGGAUCACCAGGAACUCCAAGUAUUCUUGAUGUAGAGCUCCGACCUGUAGUUUAACUGGAACCGUGCGUUCUGUUAUGAUACCCUUGGAUAUCCUAGUACCAUUGAUGGCUGUCAAGGAAAUAGGCCGUUCGAUGGACCGUACUUCCAAAUUCAGGCUUUGAACACAGAGGGAAGAAACGAAAUUCCCCGCAGCUCCAGAGUCCAACAGGGCUUCAAAAGACUUGGAAGUGGCCUUGGUGAUUAACGUUACAGGAAGCAAACAGUCCGAAGUGGGAGAAGAUUUGGUCGUAACCCCCAACUUGACUCCUCCGGAACAAGCUAGGCCUUCUCGUUUCCCGGACGGGAUUUGCAGGACUUGAUGAAGUGACCCGCAGCUCCGCAGUACAGGCAGAGCUUACCCUCAUGACGACGUUGCCGCUCCUCCGGGGACAAUCGGGAUCGGUUAAUCUGCAUGGGUUCGUCUGGACUUGAACCCACCGCUUGCCUUGCAGAAGGGAGCCGGAACCUAGAACGAUCCGAUCGACUACGUUCUCCUCCACGUUCCUGCAUCUGGAGAUCUACCUUGACACAGAGGGAGAUCAAUUCCUCUAAAGAACCCGGAAGCUCUCGAGUGACCAAUUCGUCCUUCAGGCGAUCAGAAAGACCGUUCCAGAAAGCAGCUCUCAGAGCCUCAUUAUUCCAACGAAGUUCAGAGGCAAUGGUUUGGAAAUGAACCACAUACUGACCCACGGAUCAGGAGCCUUGACGGAUGCGGAGUAAGUCAGAAGAGGCCGAGGUCAUCCUGCCGGGCUCGUCAAAAAUUCGUCGAAAAGACGUGAUGAAUUCGGAGUAAUUGGAAACCAGUGAAUCAGAACGUUCCCAUAAUGGAGACACCCAGUCCAAGGCAGAUCCUUCCAGCAGAGAAAUAAUAUAUGCUACCUUGGACCGGUCUGUAGGAAAGUUGUGAGCUAGUAGCUCGAAAUGUACCUCGCAUUGGUUUAAGAAACCACGACAAUUCUUAGGAUUCCCAUUGUAACGGGAUGGCGUAGGCAGCUGAAGGCGCGGAGUGGCACCGGCCGAUGGUUGGACAUUGCUGGAGGUGGCAAGUGGUGCAGCUACCGGAACUGGUGCCGGAAUUACUGAGGCUAGAGACGCCUGAAUCUGAUCCAGAUGUCCGGACAACUCCUGGAGGUACUGCAUCACCUGACCUUGUGCCGCUUCCUGACUUUGUACACGGGAAGCCAGGUCCUGGAUGGCACUUGAGUCCGUGUUCCGAUUCCCCGGGUCCAUGGGGCCUGAGUAUACUAUCACUGACCUGGUUUGAGGAGGUUGUGGACUCUGGGUUUCUUCCGAUGACCGGGAAGUGGAACCGCAACUGGGCCGCAGCAGAGAUGGCCGGAUGUAAGUCUUCCUCAUGCAGGAUCUGAUCGGCGGACAGGAGGCACGUGCGGACGCUGAAGGUCUCCUGAAAGAGAGAACUUGACAGGUGCUGGUAAAUCACAAAGGUGCUGGGAGGCACGGAGGUGCUUGGAGGCACGGAGGUACGAAGGUGCUGGAGGCACGGAGGUGCUUGAAGGCACGGAGGUGCUUGAAGGCACGGAGGUGCUGGAGGCACGGAGGUGCUUGGAGGCACGGAGGUGUUGGAGGCACGGAGGUGCUUGGAGGCACGGAGGUGCUGGAGGCACGGAGGUGCUUGGGGGCACGGAGGUGCUUGGGGGCACGGAGGUGCUUGGAGGCAUGGAUGUGCUGGAGGCACGGAGGUGCUUGGAGGCACGGAUGUGCUGGAGGCACGGAAGUGCUUGGAGGCACGGAGCUGCUUGGAGGCACGGAGGUGGUUGGAGGCACAGAAGUGCUUGGAGGCACGGAGGUGCUUGGAGGCACGGAGGUGCUGGAGGCACGGAGGUGCUUGGAGGCACGGAAGUACUGGAGGCACGGAGGUGCUUGGAGGCACGGAUGUGCUGGAGGCACGGAAGUGCUUUGAGGCACGGAGGUGCUUGGAGGCACGGAGGUGCUUGGCGGCACGGAGGUGCUUGGAGGCACGGAAGUGCUGGAGGCACGGAAGUGCUGGAGGCACGGAGGUGCUUGGAGGCACGGAGGUGCUUGGAGGCACGGAAGUGCUGGAGGCACGGAGGUGCUAGAGACACGGAGCACUGGAGAUCACAGGUACAGUUUGAACGAUGAUACUCAGGCGCCGGAGCACUGCCCGGCGUCUGAAUUUAAACUUCCCGCCAGGGCCUGAUUGGAGGACGGGUCGAUGACGUCACCCGCAGCUCCCGAGGACGUCGGACGUGGAGGCCUGCUAGACGGAGCGCCGGACGCAGGGGACCCGCCAGCGAGGACGGCCGCACGGAGACCCAGCGCGCCCGGAGAGGUAAGUAUGAAGACCGCGGCGCCGUGACAAUCACUACCUGCCAACUCAGAGGCUACACACGUGUGGUGCACAUACAUGUAUGUGAUCAAUAACCGCCAAUUCAGUGGCUAAACACACAUGACGCACAUACUGUACAUGUAUGAGAUCAAUACCGGCCAACACAGAGGCUACACACGUGUGAUGCACAUAUAUGUAUGUGAUCACUACCCACCAACUCAGAGGCUACACACGUGUGACGCACAUAUAUGUAUGCGAUCACUACUUGCCAACUCUGAGGCUACACACGUGUGACGCACAUACAUGUAUGUGAUCAAUACCCACCAACUCAGAGGCUACACACACAUGAUGCACAUACUGUACAUUUAUGUGAACAAUACCCGCCAACUCAUACGCUACACACACGUGACACACAUAAAUGUAUGUGAUCACUAACCGCAAACUCAGAGGCUACACACACGUGACACACAUACAUGUAUGUGAUCACUACCCGCCAACUCAGGGGCUACACAUAUGUGACGCACAUAUAUGUAUGUGAUCACUACCCGCCAACUCAGAGGCUACACACACGUGACACACUUACAUGUAUGUGAUCACUACCCGCAAACUCAGAGGCUACACACGUGUGAUGCACAUAUAUGUAUGUGAUCACUACCUGCCAACUCAGAGGCUAUACACACAUGACGCACUUGUAUGUAAUCACUAGAUAUGAGCAAUUCUGACCCACGUUCAGUUCCGUUUUGGGCUAGGGGUUGUUUGUAGGAACCACAGGAGGUAUUGGUGGUAUAAUAGUGAUAAUAUGACAUCUGGCUUACACGGUUCCAGAUCACACGGUAAUUAUUAGGGUGUAACGAAUGAGAGACAGUUGGUUCCACAUUCCGUAUUCUCACACGUAUGUGCUGGACAUGCUGGUAAAACACACGGAGACUAUCACCCACCUUAGAAAUAAGUAGAUUGUGCCCCGUUGUACUGUUAGGGGUAAAUGUACUAAGAAUCGUGUUUGUUAAACCCGCUGGAAUAUAAGAUCAAACACUCAGAUUUACUAAGAAUGGUGUCUUCCGCUGGGGCAUGCAGCCGUGUAUAGUCGUAUUUACUCAUGUGCGAUUUCGUGUUGUGUCUGAAUAUUAUAGACCUGCCUGCACACACGGAUCACACACGUUACACGGACCACACAUGUUACGCAGAUCACACAUGUUACACGGACCACACAUGUUACACGGAUCACACUCGUUACACGGAUCACACUUGUUACACGGACCACACUUGUUACACGGACCACACGUUACAUGGAUCACACAUGUUACACGGAUCUGUGCAGGCCUCUGCUCACCGGGACGUCUAUUAGAGAGUGUAUUUUGUCUGAGUGUUAUAUACACCUGCCGGCACACAUGGAUCACACAUGUUACAUGGCCCACAUAUGUUACGCAGAUCACACAUGUUACAUGGACCACACAUGUUACACAGAUCACACAUGUUACACAGACCACACAUGUUAUACAGAUCACACGUUACACGGACCACACGUUACACAGUCCACACGUCACUCUUGUGUUUAGCUUUAGUAAAUCUCUGCGUUUGAUCAGAAGGCUAAACUCGCAGAGACUGCAGACUCCGACCACAGGGAUCUUAGUACAUUUCCCCCUCAGUGUGUAAAGUAAAUGUGGGAAUAAAAGCAUUCAUUCUGGAUAAAUGUGACGGGCCCAUCUUGGGGGGGCCUCCCUGUGCUGGGAGCUCUGGGAUUUAUGUUUGUAGUGUUACAAUGUAAGUGACCUGGAAGCUGUGCCGGCCAUCUUGCACACCGGAGUCGGUAGGAAAUAAACGCACAAAUAGACAGCAAUAAUCGGUACUACUGUCCGCAAGAUACAUAGCACCAACACGCGCAGCGGCCCCGCGUCACAUUGCAUUUCAUACAGAAUAAAUGGGGGUUUUGUAAGAUGUUUGGGACUGUGAGGUGACAUACAGUAUAAUAACGUCACUUUGCUGGACAUGUGAUGACGAUGGUGUGUGGACGGAGAUACGUGGACUGGUCAUUCACCAAACCGCCUGCGGACCUCACAGUGCGCCAUUCUAAUAACGUCUCUCGCCAUACCGCACAUGUAUAUACCUAGCGCACAGCAACCACUAUACAUCCGGAUAAACUGGAAGGUUCCGUUUUCUAUCUCUAUAGACUAUUAUAUUAUAUAUGACCAUUUCUUCCUAUGGAAGCUGUUUUUGUAUGAAUUGUGCGUUGUGUGUUACAUCAGAGGAGAAACUGUUGUAUAUCUGUGACUUUUAUCUGCUCCAAAUCCUUGGAUUCUGUCAGUUCUCUUUGUUACAUUAUUGCAAUUUGUCACCAUUUCCCAUUAAAUAAAAUCUUGUCCUAUAGAA